AACAAAAUCAACCCAAAUCUACGGCUCACACAACUACAUAUAAACCCUCAAUCUAGGGUUUCUGCGGCUCUGUCUCAGCAUUUUCGACUCUCUCUCACACACUCGUAGCGGUCGGCCGAAGCUUACUCUCACACAGCGACAAUGGUGAAAGGCCGCCAGGGGGAGCGCGUCAGGCUCUACGUCCGCGGGACUAUAUUGGGGUACAAGAGGUCGAAGUCGAAUCAGUACCCAAACACGUCGUUGAUUCAGAUCGAGGGCGUCAACACUCAAGAGGAGGUGGCGUGGUACCGCGGGAAGCGCAUGGCGUACAUUUACAAGGCCAAGGUGAAGAAGAACGGGUCUCACUACCGUUGCAUUUGGGGAAAGGUCACGCGGCCGCAUGGUAACAGCGGUGUUGUCCGCGCCAAGUUCAAGUCCAACCUUCCCCCAAAAUCAAUGGGAGCUAGAGUGAGGGUGAUGAUGUAUCCUAGCAACAUCUAAGGUGGGAUCGUUUGCGUUCUUGGAUACCUCAAAGUGAAGCCCAGUUUGUCUCAGAUCUUCUAGGUGGCAUUUUUGAGGAUAGGAAAAGUUUUGUAUCAUCAUUAGACAAGUUUUCUUUCACCUUGUUCUGUGGUGCACUGAUUUUGAGAUUGCAAAUGCACAUCAUUAAAUAGAGUUUUACAAGUUUGCUGAAAGCUUCAUCUUUUCAUUGUUGUUUACAACUUCAUUAUGCAGUAUUCAAUUUAACUUUUGAUGGUC